CGUGCGUCUUUAACUUUUCUGCGGGACUAGCAGUGAGAUCUCCGGCUGCCGUUUUGUCACGUUUGGAGGCUUUAUUUCCAAAACUUUUUUAUUUUAUCAUCCCUCAAUUUACCUUUAAUUUCCCAUUAACACACAACACCUGGAGCUCCUCACAGCUUUGCUUCCUCCUCAGUCAAAACUCGACUCCUUUCAUGUGAAGGACCUUGAUCCACACCUGCGAACCAGCCUUUGUGACAGCCAGCAUAGACACACACAAGCAAACAUCCAGCAGCACCGUCAUCCACCAAAAGCUGAAGCAAUCAGCCAGUGAGAGACGCAUAUUUUACGGGCCUGACCAGACAGAGGGGCAGCCAUGUUGAUCAUCUUAGCCUUCAUCGUCCUCUUCCACCUGGCUGCGGCCAUCCUCCUCUUUGUUGCAACCAUUCACAAUGCGUGGUGGGUGGUGACGCCAGUCGGACAGGAAGUGAUACACGCUGACCUGUGGUACUCCUGCAACUCCACCUGCUAUCCUCUGCAGAACAGCCAUACUUCUGAUGCAGCAUAUCUGCAGGCGGUCCAGGCUACCAUGAUCCUGGCCGUCAUUUUAUGUUGCGUCAGCUUCUUCGUCUUCAUCCUCCAGCUCUUCAGGCUCCAACAGGGAGAAAGAUUCAUUUUCACCGCUAUUAUCCAGCUACUGGCCUCUCUAUGUGUGAUGAUGGCAGCUUCCAUGUACACAGCUCAGAAAGACAGCUUCCACUCGAGCGAUCUUAAGAAAGGCUCCUACGGCUCCUCCUAUAUCCUGGCCUGGAUCACCUUCCCCAUGACUCUCAUCAGCGGCCUCAUGUACCUGGUGCUCAGGAAGCGCAAAUAGAUGUGAUAAGCUUGACGCACGGGCAUGAAGAUUUUAUAGAAUACAAACAGGAACACUUGGACACACAUGCGUAAAGACAUACACUUUUCCUCAACAACCAUGCAUGCAUACAUUCUCUCACUAACCAUUAGAUGUUAUAAUACCAUUGGAGAUAAGGAAAUACACCACAAAUCCACAAUAACUUCAAAUCUCAGGUUCAGAACUAGACAAUUCACCAAAGAAAAAAGCAUUCAGCAACACAUUUUGUACACCGUACACACUCAAAACCCCAAGUAGUCACACACCCUUCUCCUUCCUGAUGGCACAUUGUUCUCACUGAAUGUAGCAAAGGUGCACAAGGACUCUCUAAACACAGAGUGUGUUAAGUUGUCAGGCUGCACUGUAUACUUUAUUUCUAUUAGAGCAUCAGAAACACAGCUGAUGGUUGACUGGAGAGACCCUCUGUGACAGCCACUAAAAUAUGUUGCUGUGAACGUUGUCUCAUACGAACGCCAGACGGUGUCAGGAGAAUCAGGUCCAGACAUUGACUUUCACACAUGUGGCACACAACAGGAGUUGUCCGUGUCAGAGGCAUUCUCACCUACCUAUACUCAGUUUGGUUUAGGCGAGGGGUGGCGCCUGGGUAGAGCGUGCAGGAGGCAGGGCAUGACACGGAUCACACUGCAGUCACGUAGCUGGCUUCGCAAUUUGAUCAUAAACAACAGAGUCUCUUGCUGUUCCUUGAAUUCGUCUGACAAUUUUGGCCUCGGCCCUUGCUAGAAGAAGUUCCCUUAUCUCGUCAUCUCUCGUUGCUGUCUUCAUGUAAAUGACCUUCUUCUUCAUCCUAAGAUGGUUUCGCAUGAGCCUCAAGAUAGAAACGUCUUUCACAUGCCCACUUGCUCGCUGUGAAUUCGCUUUAUUUACACAUGGGCUCAAUCUGACAUCACACUGUCUUUGUAGGGAGCUGGCAGGAUAAAGUCAGUUUGAUGUCCAGUUCAAUUGAUUUGGGCAUUUGCCUUCUCACAUAAUGUCUGCGUGAUGUCUUGAUAAUUUCAGGUUUGCAGGGCACGUGUGAAAGGGGCUCAUGAUUCAUAUUUUGUUUGAAAAGUUAAAUCAUACUUUUGCCAGCUACGUGCCGGAUAGAUUCAUUUACAGGAAGUUGAGGUCAAAUCUAAGCAUUACAGAUCAGCACCACACAUGCACCCUGCUGCAUUCAGCACACACUCACUGCUCUGGAUAGAAGAAGGUCCCUGAGGCUCCUUGCUGUGUUUUGUGAGAACAUGCCCUCUCAGUCCUCUCCUCCCUUUGCCCCCUAGCCACUACACAGGACAUGAGCAGUGUUCCAACAUACUGAUUUGUCUCCUCGUCCUGCUUCCUAUUCAUAGGAAGGAACCUGUCUGAAAUAUCUGAUGACAAAGGAUAACAGUCGAAGACAAGUGGGGAAAUUUGUCUUACUGGGACUUUCCAAGAGGUCCAUACUCUUUUUUUGUGAAUCUAUAGUUAACUGAAUUCAUUUUGUACAUAUUUGCUGUGUCUGUAUAGUUAAGGUUACUGCCAAAAGCUUAUUUCUAAGACUGAAAUACUAAAAUUAUAUAUAUAAAAAAGACAAAAAAAAGAGAAUCUUAUGUUAACCAUAGCAUACAGGAUGUGUAGUGAGGCACUAGUUUAGGUAUAAUAUGCAGGAUUUUAACUCGUUGUUUGUAUUCUUCUGUUACUGACUUGUGUUUUAAUGGUGAAAAAGGAACCAAUGAUGUGCUGUGAUAUUCGGGAUUUGAAAUGACAACGUAGGAUCAUGCAAACUUGAAAUAAGAAUUUCUUUGUUACUAUUAUGCUUCUUUGUUCACAGCUCCACUGAGAAAAAGACAAAGCUAUUUAUUGUUUAAAACCACUGUUGUGUAUUUUAGCAUCAUGUGACUGAGGAUGUAUAAAGUAAUUAAGGCUUGCCAUAUUUUUUCCCUCUCUCGCCGGGCUACUGUUUAUUUGGUCCAUUAGUGAAACAUCUCUAUCAACCCUAUGCACAUGUGUGCUCUGGAAUUUAACAACAAUAAAUGUGCCAUUGUACUGUACACUGUAAAAUCUGAGAAGUUGAUCUUACUUUAAAAAACUCUAGGUAAUCUAAUGUCUUUAAAAAAAGGUAAGUAAACAUAACUAUAAAUCUAUCUAAAAUCUAUACUAAAUUGUUAAGUUUCCUUAAAAUGUAGUUUUAUUCACACAUCAUUUUAAGUUGCAACAACUUAAUUUUGUGAAGUUGCUGCAUGGAGUUAUCCGAGCUCCAUCAUAUGCCAAAUCCUCUCUGACAUGAUUAUGUUAUUUCAGACUAAACUGGUUCACCAAGGCUGCUAGAAAGAUCAACUUAAUUUUACUUGUUUACUUACUUUUACAUUUUAAAAACGACAAGUGAAACCUACUUGUUUAGCUUAUUCUAACUUAAAGUUGCAACAACGUUGUUGCAACUUAAAAAUGACAAGUUUAAGUUGCAACAACUUCAUAUUAUGAAUUUGUUGCAACUUAAAAAUGACAUGUGAAAUUAACUUGCUCUACAUUAUUGUCUAACUUGUUUAGCUUGUUCUAACUUGUUGUCGUUUUUAAGUUGCAACAACAUAAUAUAGUGAAGCUGCUCCAACUUACAAAUGACAAGUGAAAUGCACUUAAACUUUCUAAGGGUUAGCAACUUCAGUGAACCACAUUAGAACAAGAAGUUAGAACAAGUUAGACAAUAAGGUAGGACAAGUUCAUUUGUCAUUUUUAAUUUGCAACAAACUUAUAAUAUGAAGUUGUUGCAACUUAAAUUUGUCAUUUUUAAAUUGCAACGUCAUAUUUUGAGGUUGUUGCAACUUAAAAAUGACAAGUUUAAGAUGCAACAACUUAAUAUUAUAAGUUUGUUGCUUAAAAUGACAAAUCAACUUGUCCUACCUUAUUGUCUAACUUGUUUAACUUGUUCUAACUUGUUGUCUUUUUUUUUUUUUUUUUUAAAUCGCAACAACUUAAUAUUGUGAAGUUGUUGCAACUUACAAAUGACAAGUGAAAUUAACUUAAUCAUUCUAAGGGUUAGCAACUUCAGUAAACCACAUUACUGCUCGUUGCAAACUAGUCAGUCAUAUUUGUAUAUUCUUAAAAAUGUCACCUAAACAGAACCUAAAUAUAUUCCAUCUCCUCCAUAUGCUACAAUGCUUUCUGUCAUGAUGACGCCAAGUCAGACUAACUCGGUUCACUGAAGUUGCUAGAAAGAUCAAGUUAAUUUUACUUGUCUUUUUUAAGUUGCAAAAACUUAAUGUUGUGUAAGUUAGAGUUAAGUUAUUGCAUUUUAAAAAUGACAAGUGAAAUCAGCUUGUUCUACCUUUUCAUCUAGCUCGUUCUAACUUGUCAUUUUUAAGUUGCAACAACUCAAUUCUUAAGUGAAAAUUAGCUUGAUCUUUUUUAAGGGUUAGAAACCUCAGUAAACCGCAUUACUGCUUGUUGCAAACUAGUUAAACAUAUUUGUAUGUUCUUAAACAUGUCACCAAAACAAAACUCCUCUUUGUCAAACAAGUUAACUUCACUUUUCAUUUUAUAAGCUGCAACAACUACAAAAAUUAAGUAAAUACAACUACAACUAAACAGCUAGAUAUACAGUAAACUUAAAUUAAGGCUUGUAGCCACAUUUACUUACCUUUUUGAGGUAAUUGAUUUCCUCGACUUUUUUAAGUAAAUCAACUUGCAUGAUUUACAGUGUACCCGCCACCAAUUCACGGAAUUACUUCUAAUGUCAGCCUUUGCGGUAAUAUAGAGAUAAUGUUUGAUCUCAUACCGUAGCAGCACUGUGUAGACUGUUUUCCGCUUUCUCUGUGUUAGUUUGGGGGUUAAACAGUUAAGGUAGACCAGCGGGGUAUUAAUGCACAUAUCUUGGACUUGAUGAAUCCUUCAGAGGUGCUGCACUGGGUGGUUUUGUGAUGGGAAUAUGGUCGUGUCUGGCAAUGUUUGGACCACAGAGCCUGGUAACUUACCAACUCACCGAUAUUGAAGAUUCAGGGAAAAGAAAUGGAAGUGAAGAUUUUCCUCUGUUAUCUCAAGAUGAUACUUGAAAAUGAUCAAAACAGCAUAUCGGAGGCCAAGAUUGUGAUGUUUGUUCAUACGUUUUUGUGAAGUUUUCAUCUUAAAAGUGUUUCACUAAAUAGUUCUUGUCUUUCAGCAGAUCCCUUGUUAACUUUUAUUGAAAUGAAAAGUAAGUUUAAAAGUGAGAUUCUUUAGUUAAUAACAGAUUAUGUAGUCUUUGAAACUAUUCGUUUUAGCUUUGAUGAGUUAAAAAACAAAUCUAAAUUUGGAAUAUCUGAGCUAAAGUUCUGUGCAAGCUGUUGCAGAUAUUCAACAGAAGCCACAGGAAUCACCUCUAAGAGCUGAGUCAUCAGAGCCACUCUUGAUUUGGAGUCAGAAUGUUUUUGGUUUAUGGUUUGUGAUAAUUUUCCUGUUGUGUGUUUUUAUGUCAGUGUAGAUGUACUGUAUCUUAGUCAAUGUAGAUCCAUACAAAUAACCACAGGACCACAGUGACAAAUGAGCAUGAGUUGUUGAAGCCAAAUCUGUAUUUAUGGGGAUUUGUUUUUUAAACAUGUUUUUUUGGCAGUUGAAAUGUUUCCAAUGCUUUAUGAAGUAUUAAUUCCACACUGAUUCAGAGUCUAAUGUUGCUUUAUAAUGGAGACAAGAUGAAAUUGUCAAUGUUGAAGUAGCUUAAAUUUAAUAGUUUCCUUUCCUGCAUAGGAUUCAUCCAAGUUUUUGGGAGUGUGUCUGCAUAUUGAAGGCUCCCUUGCUUUCACUAUUUAAUACAAACUAAAUCACAGCAUGCUAUUCAUUUUGACCUCAUUCAUCACAUCAGUGGCUUCUUCUGUAAUCUUUAAGUCCUCUCUGUUUGCAUGUAUUCACAUCAUAAAACUACAAUGUUUGUCUGCUAUUGACACCCAGUGGAGUGAUAGAAAACUACACAAUGUUUCGGCGACAGUUUUAUGGUUUCGAGCUCCAGAACAGACCGCUCAGCACUCCUAAAAACAAACUUGUUUUAGCUUGGUGAAUCCUGCUGCUCUAAUCUCAACAGAUUGGGCAAACUUCCAUCAGAUUCAGGAAAGACUCAUCUCCCCUGCAAGGAUUUAUAGGUGCUUAUUUUUUACUGUUGACCCACCAAUCAGAUGUAGAUCUCAAUAAAUGUAUUUUACAAUGAAUAAAUUUUCUUUGUGUGUGCCAAA